ACUCCCAGCAUGUCGCGAGCGCAUCGGAUAAUCUUACAUUGUUCGUGAGGAACUGAAACACUUUCACACUUUAUCAUCUCGGACCUGCAGCUCGGGAGGAAAUAACUCCACACCCUGAGGACACUCUUCCUGUCUCCAUGCCCAGGUCAGUGUGAGGGUCAGGGGUUUUUGCGGGACUCUGUGAGCGCUGAUCUGUUCCAUUAAUCUCCCUGAGUUACGCCGUGAAGAGACCCAGAGCUGAUAAAACGAGCUGUGCCAGAACCUCUCUGACCCGGAUGUCAUGGCCUCAAAGUUCCGAUCAUGCAAAACAUGUCCCUCAUAAGCCUUACAUCUCUCACACACUCCUUUCCACGUGAAUCAUAUGCCUGCACUAUGACCACCUCCCACAUGAAUGGCCACGUAAGCGAGUCAGAAUCGGCGGGCACCAGCGACGGCCUGGACUCGUCUGGCCACUGGCACAGGGAGAUGGCUGUGGACUGCCCGGGUGACUUAGGCGCCCGUACGCUGCCCGUACGGCGCAGCGCCCAGCUGGAACGCAUACGCCAACAGCAAGAGGACCGCAGGAGGAGGGAGGAGGAGGGCCGUAACCGGUUAGAGCUCGAAGUCAACUCCUCCAUGCGCCUCAAGAAGCUAGCGCAGAACCCCAAGGUGGGCAUUGACAACCCCACCUUUGAUCCUCUGGAGGGUCCUGGCAUGUCCCUGGGGCAGCUGCAGGGCUUCAGUGGGUCACCACGACUGUUGGACCUGGAGGAGUUGCUCAUGUCUCUGAAGCAGGUACAGCACUGUCUGGGUGACGCUCAGAGUCAGGAGGACGUGGAUCUUGUCCUUCAGCUUGUACAGAAGCCUGACUUCCAGAAAGCCUUUAACAUCCACAAUGCUGUGGCUCUACACAUGAACCGGCCCAGUCCUCCCUUUCCCCUCACAGACCGCGCACAGAGCCUUGUGCAGGAGGUCCAGGUCAUGCUGCAGAGCAGCUCACAGAAGGAGGGUCUGGACUUGAGCACAUUGCUCAAAAGCCCUCACAUGCUGGCCCUCAUGCUGGCCCAUGACAGUGUGGCGGAGCAGGAGAUGCAGCCAGAGCCUGCAAGUCCACUUGAUAAUCCAUGUGAGACCUUCACACAGUGGGGAGGUGAGACUGUCAGGAUCGUACGCAUAGAGAAGGCCAAGGACAUCCCUCUGGGAGCCACGGUGAGAAACGACAUGGACAGUGUAAUCAUCAGCCGGAUUGUGAAGGGUGGGGCAGCAGAGCACAGUGGUCUGCUUCAUGAAGGCGAUGAGAUAUUGGAGAUUAACGGGGUCGAGAUUCGUGGCAAAGAUGUCAAUGAAGUGUUUGAUAUUCUGGCAGAGAUGCACGGCACGUUGACGUUUAUUUUGAUUCCCAGCCUAAGCACUAAACCUCCUCCUAUUAAAGAGUCUGUGGUCCAUGUGAAGGCACACUUUGACUAUGACCCUUCUGACGACCCGUAUGUCCCGUGCCGGGAGCUGGGCCUGUGCUUUCAGAAGGGGGACAUUUUACACAUCAUCAGCCAGGACGACCCAAACUGGUGGCAGGCCUACAGAGACGGGGAUGAAGAGAACCAGCCUUUAGCCGGGCUCGUGCCAGGUAAGAGCUUUCAGCAACAAAGAGAAGCCAUGAAACAAACGAUAGAAGAAGAUAAGGAGCCUGAAAAAUCAGGAAAGCUGUGGUGUGCAAAAAAGAAUAAGAAGAAGCGGAAGAAACUGCUGUAUAACGCAAAUAAGACAGACGACUACGAUAACGAGGAAAUUCUCACCUACGAGGAGAUGGCACUGUAUCACCAGCCAGCCAAUCGCAAACGCCCCAUUGCCCUGAUUGGCCCUCCGAACUGCGGGCAGAACGACCUGAGACAGAGACUGCUGUUGAGUGACCCUGACCGCUUUGGGGGUGCCGUUCCUCACACCACACGGAACCGCAGGGAUGGCGAAGUGAACGGGCGAGACUACCACUUUGUGUCGCGGCAGGUCUUCGAGCUGGAUGCUGCGGCGGGGAAGUUCAUCGAGUCGGGAGAGUUUGAGAAGAACCUGUACGGCACCAGCACGGAUUCUGUGCGGCAGAUCAUCAACAGCGGGAAGAUCUGCCUCCUGUGUCUGCACACUCAGUCUUUGAAGGUGUUGCGCAGCUCCGACCUCAAGCCGUAUAUAAUCUUUAUCGCACCGCCGUCCCAGGAGCGCCUGCGUGCCCUCUUAGCGAAAGAUAACAAGAACCCAAAGCCGGAGGAGCUGAGGGACAUCAUCGAGAAGGCCAGAGAGAUGGAGCAGAACUUCGGCCACCUGUUUGAUGCUGCGAUUGUGAACACUGACCAGGACAAGGCGUAUCAGGAGCUGCUGCGCCUCAUCAACAAACUGGACACGGAGCCUCAGUGGGUUCCUUCAUCUUGGCUGCGCUGAGAUUACUUCUCACAGACAUGCGCCCGCACACGCAGAACCCGACACACCCAUGCUGUGCGUGGAGUUUAAUGGUUUGCGUUAACCAGAUAGUUGAGUGUCCACUUUGCUGGCAUUCACUAAACGUAACCACAACAACCCCAAGGCGUGACGGUUGUGGCUCUGUCGACUCACCAGACUGUAAAUUAACAGCCCACAUUCUGAGCAGCCGCCGAAACGUACCGCCGUAGUUGGUAAAACAGUCGCAGUAGAGCAUUAGUGCUUCUGUACAGCAUGGUUAUAGAUAAUAUUUAGUUUAUUUAUAAUUUGGAAUAGUAUGGCUCCUAAAAAGUGUCAAAGGGUGAUCAGAGCAUUUCUGUACCGUGGACUGCACACGCCCAACUGAAUCUCUGAAUUCGUUCCCCAGCCUGAAACUGUUCCCUGCCUCACACUCAUAUACACUUUUACAAGUUUUCUUUAGACUUGUUUAUCUGACAAAACAACAACCUUUUAGUCUCCUUAGUUUCUUCUUAUGAUCUACAAAACUGACUCGUUUCAUUCUGAUAGCAAUCACAACAGCACUCAGCUUAUUUGUGUGUGUGUGUGUGUGUGUGUGUGUGUGUGUGUGUGUGUAUGUGUGUGUGUUGUUCUGUUGCAGUAUUCACAUGCACUUCCAGAACUCAGAAGUGUUCCCAGUAUUGUAAACAGUAUUUUAGAGCAAUACAGAUGGUUCACCUGCUGAACGUAUCGAUGCCUAAUUUAAAGUUCUGUCUUUCCUUUUUCUCCAGUCUGUGUCGUGUUCACGUUUUCAUUAAAUGCUGGGUUUCUGUGUUUUUAUCUUUGACAAAUCGCGGCUCUUAACUCUGUGGACGGACUUCUGAAAGUUGACAAGAAUUCAGUCACAGAGUUGAAGUGCUGUAUCACAGCUGUGUGUGUGUGUGUGUGUGUUUUGUAUUCUGUGUAUUUUCCUGUAUAGACUUUGAGUUUAUUGAUGAUGUUCUGGAUCUAGACUCUCCUCAGCAGAAAACUGACUGUUCAUAUUUAGAAAUGUUUAAAGCAAAGACUGUCACUGAAAUGUAGACAAAGUAUUAUCUUGUGGUUAAACACACUGGAAACUGCUUUAUUGAACUGUUUUAUAUUUUCAAAUCAGCUUAUAUAUUUAUAUUUACAUAAUAAAUCCUCCACACCAUGUAA